AGGAAUGAGAAACCCAACCUAGCGAUUAAGCUGUUUUGUGAAAUGCUUGAGCAUGGAUUGGAACUGGAUUCAUAUACAUUUUCGGCAUCACUGAAGGCAUCUACUGAUUUGAGUUUACGAUUGUUGAGUACUAACUUGCAUUCACUGAUAAUGAAGUGUGGUUUUGGUUAUUUUCUAUCUGUUGGGAAUGCACUUAUUCAUGCUUACGGAUCUUUUGGAGAUGAUUGUAGUGCACAGAAGGUGUUUGGUAGAAUGCCUGAUCGUGAUGUUGUAUCGUGGUCAUCAAUGAUACGUGCUAGUUCCUCCGCAAAGCACUUCACUGAAUCGGCAACAUUGUUUUCUAGGAUGCAAUUUGAGGAAUUUAUUAGACCUAAUGAGAUUACACUCGUUUCAUUAUUGCCUGCUUGCAGUUUCUUCUCUUCUUUGAGGAAGGGCCAAUCAAUUCAUGCUUAUGCAAUUCGGAAUGGGUUUGAUUCUAAUCUUAUUGUUUGCUCUGCUCUUGUCACAAUGUAUUCUAGAUGUGGAAAUCCUGAUGAAGCUUUUAAAGUUUUCAGUAGUAUGGAGAAACCAAAUGUUUUUGUAUGGACUUCAAUGAUUGAAGGUUUCUCAAUUAAUGGAAGGUUUGAGCUGGCUCUUGAAUUGUUUAAGGAGAUGCAAGGCCAAGGUUUGAAGCCCAAUCCUUUCACUUUGAUUGUGGUACUGUCUGCUUGCAGUCAUGGUGGGCUGGUAGAUAUGGGAUUGGAGAUUUUUGAGUCAAUGAAAGAGAGAUUUGGUUUCGAGCCUUGUGCAGAGCAUUAUGCUUGUAUUGUGGAUAUGUUGGGGAGAGGAGGAAGGCUGAAUGAGGCUGAAAAUUUGAUUGAAAGAAUGGAAGUGCCACCAACAGGUUCUGUACUUGGAUCCCUCCUUGGAGCUUGUCAAGUGCAUUGCAAUGUGAAGCUUGGAGAGAAAUUGGCAAUGAAGCUUUUUCGGCUUGAACCAUAUAACGAAACCAAUUAUGUAAUAUUGUCAAACAUAUAUGCCUUAGCAGGGAGAUGGUAUGAUGUGGGUAGAGUGAGAAGAUUGAUGGCAGUUAAAGGGCUGUCAAAGAGAUCUGGUUGCAGCUGGAUUGAAAUAAAGAACAAGGUUGGAGAUGCAGAUAGACUGAUAGAGAUCAUAAAGCAAGCAGCAAAAGAAGGUGCUCUUGUUCUCUACACCCUUGCAGACCCUUCAAUGGCUGAAUCCGCAAAACAAGCCUGCAAGCUUUGGGGAGUACCAUCGACGGAUAUUCUGGGUCCCACUAUAGAGGCCAUUGCCGCCCAUAUUGGUGUAGCUCCAUCUGGCAUCCCGCGAGGUGCUCCUGGUCGGAAUCCACUCACAGAGGAUUACUUCAAACGCAUAGAGGCUAUCGAAUUCACCAUCAAGCAGGAUGAUGGAGCUUUACCUCAAAACCUGAACCGUGCCCACAUUGUUCUUGUUGGUGUCUCUCGUACCGGGAAGACACCUUUGUCCAUUUAUCUAGCUCAGAAAGGUUACAAGGUCGCAAAUGUCCCCAUUGUUGUGGGUGUAGAUUCCCCAAAGUCCUUAUUUGAUAUUAACCAGGAGAAGAUUUUUGGUCUAACCAUAAAUCCAGCGGCGCUACAAACUAUCAGAAAGGCAAGGACCAAGACCCUGGGACUCAAAGGUGGCAUGAUGAGUAAUUAUUCAGACAUGGAACAUGUCAGGGAAGAAUUGGAAUUUGCUAAAAAAAUUUUUGCACGGAAUCCUGUAUGGCCAGUAAUAGAGAUCACUGGAAAGGCCAUUGAAGAGACUGCUGCUGUGAUUGUGAGGAUUUAUCAUGACAGAAAGAAGAAACGCUUUCUUCCUCACAUAUCCAAGAGAUAUUGAUUUGUGUGGCACCUUUAGAAUUUGUAAGCAAAUGAUGGAGGCUGCAUAAAAGUACUUAUUGCGAUAACUGUGGUAUGAAGAAGUAUGAUCUUUCUUAGUCUUUUAUUGUACUAUGGUGAACACUGUCAGGGUUGUAUGGUUGGAAUGCUUAUUUGGAAUGUAUAUUUUGAGAGUAUAAAAUAAAUGCAGUGUAUUUUGAUUUGUCUAAA